GAGGCCAACUAGGUACGACUACUUUGAUGAAGAGAGUCGAUAAGGGUCGAGGCAACUUCACGACUCCCCUUCGUCCUACCCUUCUGGGUAAGUCAUCAUCAUGAAGAUAGGCAUAUGCAAUCCCGCGGCGCGUUGGCAUGUACAUGCUGCGGAUGUCUCUUCCUCCGUGGUUACAGGGUCCUUUUCCUGCUAACCUCUCUUACUUGGCCUUCCCACUUUUUUCCUUGUGACUUCCGUGACCCCACCCGUUUAGAUAAUUUUAGCAAGGGUCGACAAAGACAUUUCCCAUAACCGCCAACUCGGCUCGUAAAAUGGAGAGGAGAAACGUGAC